GGUUGUUGAAUAACUCGGUGAUCGGCUAACAUGCCGCAUUGAACUAUGGGAAAGCGCGACGUUUAAAUUUUGUUUUGUUUUUUGGGGGCUGUUUUUUAGGACAUGGACCCAAAAACCAGCAUGGCGAGGUCGCCUUUCAGCAGUGUCGUCCAGAGAAGAAGAAGUAAGAGCUACAGACAGUCCUACCGCAGCUAUGUUGGGACUAUGUCACACCUCGCCUACACUCCAGGCUUCACCAAGCGGAGGCUGACCACCUGCAGACUCGCUCCCAAACGUUGCAGUACCGCUGAGAUGAACCCGGAGCAGCGGGCCCUGCUGGUGAGGGAGUGGCAGCUGUCCUACGUCACUCCACUUUACCGCUUCCAGCACGGCCACCUGAAGACCUACUCUCGGCAGCUGGCCGCGUUCCUGGUGUCUGAGCGGCAGCGGGGCGUGGCGGCGGAGGUGGGCCUGGAGAGCACCCUCAGGGUGACCUUCACGCUGGUGGCCGGAAUGGCACAGACUGAGGAGGAAGCCGACACCGUCUUCAUCAAGAUCCACUCCAAGACCCCGUUGGCGCUGCCCGACGACCCCCAAAAGGUGCUGUGGAGUGGCUGGCUGACGUGCGUGGGCGGCGACCCCGACUACCUGCGCACCCUGCCGGAGGACUUUGUGUGCCUGCCGCUCUUCUGCAGCGGCGGCACAGAGGGGCUCACUGCGCUGGUCAAGGCCUGGUUCCAGCGGACGUUCGACUGCUGCUUCGGCCUGCUGGAGAUCAACUCUGUGAACCUGCAGUGGCUGGCGGCGCUGUGGACCGAUUGCCACGCCCGGACCAGCAUCAAGCAGCUGAAGCUGGUGUGGAGCCUGCCGGCGGAGCCUCCCAUGGAGGUCAUCUACGCGAUGCACGCGCAGGACGCUUCGGAGCUGUGGAGGAGCGUUCGGCAGCCGGGGCUGAGGGAGGAGGAGGACGAUGGCAGUGUCGGUUUGGAGGAGGUGGCGUGCUUCUUUAAGGGCCUGAAGAGCCACUUCUACAGACACUUCAGGGUGGAGCUGCCGGCCGGGCGGCUGACCCAGGUAUCCACGGCGCUGGGCUCGGCCAAGCACGGCGGCAGGAUCAAGAUCUCCAACAGUAGCUACAUGAUCACCACCCUGACACUACUGACGGAGUGUGCUCUCCUCAAAAUGCCUAUCUGACCUUCUACACCCAUUACCAUUCACGACCAAGUUGGUUCUUCAGAGCUGACCACUAUCUGGAAUGUUUGCAUCUCUGGAUGAAAACGCUUUUACAUUUUUAACUCACUUUUAUUUAGAAAUUGUAUUUCUUCACCGAUUUUAUUUUUAGAGUUAACAUGAAUAUUUGUCAAUUUUUGCCACUUUGGGGACAUACUUGUACAUAUAGUUUUGAGUCGUGAUAAUUUUUGUGCCGUUUAGGGGCCUUUUAUACUGCUGUUUUAAAUACUUAUAUAAUAAAUGCAGGACGACAACAGGUUUUCUCACGAUUUAUUAUGUACUGAAUUCCACUGAUGGAGGUUGUGCCGAACAAUCCUUAAUAUUCCUUUUCAACAAAAGGAUCAGAAACAAAGAACCGCUUUAAGGAAGAAAGGUUCCUUUUUCAUUAGUCCAUUGAAUAAAGAAUCCUGGGCUGUAGCCGUGCUCACAGCUGAAGAACAGUUCACACAGCCUGGCCAUCGAGUCCGGACCGGGGACUGUGUACGAGCGGUGUGCAUUAGGAGAUGGCUGCCAGGGGCUGUAGCUACGCCAGGGCUACUUUGAGUUCCUGUCUUCACAGAAGGCAUUGUGUUUGCGUCGAGCGAUGGAUGCAAUAACAAUAGAUUAAAAUCUCUAGAUAAGAUCUUUUAUACCGUUCUUCUUUACAGAAUUCGUUACACACCAAGACCUGUGAUGUCAUCAAUUCAAAUAUGUGAAUCUCUUUAUAGUGACAGGAUGGACAGCUCCAUCCAUUUAAGUGGUGAAGUUAAAUGAAAGUACCAUCUAUAAAGCUCGGGACACUUAAACUCAAAUGUAAGCCGCUAAACAAGACACGCGCUUCCUACGUUGCCACUUUUACAUUGAAAUUAAACGUGCAUCUCUGUGUAACAUGAAUGGUACUUUCUGUGCACAAUGGGAGCGAUUAACCAGUUACAGCAAGGGAUGGUAACGAGAUACUUAGUUUAAAUCCCAUGGCGCAUACCAACCAGAAUACUAGUUUUACUAGUGCCAAAAUGUUUGCAUGAAAUCAAACCAAUUCAACUGAAUUGAAUGUUGACCCCAGAUAAAGCAUUAACCUUGUUCAACUUUGAACUUGUAUUUGAACUCUUAUAAAUCAUAUUAGCGUUAACAUUUAAAUGGUUGUGCUACAUGAACACCCAUCCCUGUGUAACAAACAAUCUAACAAACUAAAUGCAGAGACAUCUAAAAGAUGCUCAAAUUCUAGGAGUUUCAUUGGAUGCAUUGAAACGAUUAACCGUUAUUGGCUAGCCUGAUGGACUGCGAUCACAGCAAUGCAUUGUUCCAAACUAAGGACAUAUUAAAGUGCAGAAACGGGCAGAACUGUGUUAAAGGGG